UCGUGCUUGCGUUUCGGAGUUAUCUUCAGAUAAGAAAGGUCGCUUACUUGGAGGUAAAGAUCACUUUUUUUUUUGUUUUUUCGUUUUUCUUGAGGGUUUUGUUUUUUUGUUUUUUUUUUUGUCUUCUGUGUUUGUUAACUGUUUGAUGUUUGAUUUUGGUGGGUUCGAUUUAUAAGGGUUUUUUAAUGAUCUUUUUGUAACUACGGGAUAUGGGUUUUGAGAUUUUGUUUGUUUGUUGGGACGCGGUUGGUUUUCGAAGAAGAUAGAUUAGUUUCCCUCAUGUGGUUUGUUCCCCAUUUGUUUUUUGAGGAAAUAGUAACAAGAAUCUCGUGUGCUAUGUUUGGGGGUUUGGAAUUGUUGGGAAAAAAGAGAAGCGAAGAGAAUAGAUAUAAUAUGGGACAUCGAAGGGAGAUCUCCGUAAUUGUCAGAAUAAGAUUUUCAUUGUUUAAUUAUCCGUAGGGAAAUAAUGGGUUUGUGUAAGAGAAUGUUCAGAGAUUAUAAUAUAUCAAUUGUGAACUUUUUGAAAUCUGAGAUUGUUUUUGGGAUCCGGUUUCAAGAUUUAUGAACUUGAGAGAUCCCAUACGUUCCUCUCUAGUAGAGAUAAUCGGUAGUACUGUCUUUCUUGUUUCUUUGCUUUCUCUUAAUUUUGCGACUCUGUUUAAGGAUAUAAACGUUUUGAUUUCGCUUUGAAAAUAGUGGAAAAUAGUGGGAUCAGGGUUUAACUCUUAAGGUUUAUAUGGGUUAGUUUACAACUUCACAAUUACGAGUCUUUUUGAUGAAUAGAAAUAAGGGGUGACUAUUAGAGUACAGUUUCGAAGAUGAUUUCUUGGUGUGGUUUUUAUGUAGUAUGAUGUCUUUUUUGUUAUUAUCUGAUAAGCUCCGAACACAAUGGUGUCUAGAUGGGCUUACAUACAUCCAACAGCUUCGAGUUGUGUUUUAAAGUUGUGCCCAGAACUUUUUGUUAUCUGAUAUGCAUAAUUUGUGGACUGUUUUGAAGAUGAGUUUUAGAUGUGCGGAAUAUGCAGUAUGUAGGCUUUUUGCAUAUUGUUUGAUAAGCAUAAUUUGCAUUCUUAAUGGUUGAUUAAGGUGUAUCAAGUUUAUUUUGACAUACUUUCUGUGUUUCAGUUCCCUCGCAUCAAGUUCUCCAGUAUCUUAUCAAACAAGGUACAUGGUUGAUCUCGACGUCCAGAUUCCCACCACAAUCGAUGACGUCUCUGUAGAGAAAGCAUAUGUUCACAUUCGUAUCCAGCAGAGGAAUGGGAAGAAAAGCCUGACAACAGUGCAGGGUCUGAAGAAGGAGUUCAGCUUUGAAAAGGUCCUCAAGGAUCUCAAGAAGGAGUUCUGUUGCAAUGGUACCGUUGUGCAGCACAAAGAGCUCGGCAAGGUGAUUCAACUUCAGGGUGAUCAGCGGAAGAAGGUGUCUAAUUUCCUUGUGCAGGUAAUUUGUGGUGAAAAAUUAAGUUCUGGUGUUGACCGUUGUUCACUGCAAACCUGCGGGGUCACAAGUAGUGUGUGUCUAUUUCUCUUGUCUGUAUUGUGCUGAGUUUUCCUUAAAUCACUUUUUGCAGGCUGGCAUUGCGAAGAAGGAUCAGAUAAAGAUGCAUGGUUUUUAAGGCAUUGGGUUUGGAUUGAUGCAUUUGUGUUCAUGUCCACUCGUGUGGUGUUGCUAAAUCCUACAGAUAUGUGAUCUAAGACAGUUGUUAAUAGUUGCUGUUUGUUGUCGUUUGAAGUGUUAAGUGGAGUAUUAGUUUUACCCUUUGUUUCAGAUUUAAUAUGACAUGUCAAUCUCAGUGCUAUGUAACUGGAUCCGUAGUUUCUUCAUUGAUAGUAAAAUGAUGUUUACAGAGUGUCAAA